UCCGUAGUCUAUGGUAGUGCUUGAAUUGAUCACUGUCGAAACGAGAUUCGGGAAUCUCAAAGGCCCCGCCUAUAAAGUAUUCUGUAAAUAUAACUGAAACGGCUCAUUCGCGAUGUUUUUAUAAAAUAUAAGUUUUAGAUCGACAAGCAGUACAACAUUGCAAAAAUGGAUACAAAAGUGUUAUGUUUCUUCGUUUUAAUUUCUCAAGCGGCGGCCCUGCUGACGUCACCGCCUCGGAUAGUCAAGCAACCGACGGUGGAAGAACUGCUCUUCCAAGUGGCACAACCAGGAGAAGUUGACAAACCCUUCAUAAUAGAAUGUGAAGCUGAAGGAGAGCCGGCGCCUAAGUACAGAUGGAUUAAAAACGGAAAGUCAUUCGAAUAUACGAGUUACGACAAUCGAAUCUCACAGCAACCUGGCCGUGGUACUCUGGUGGUGAGCAGACCAAGAGAUGAAGACCUCGGGCAGUAUCAAUGUUUUGCAUACAACGAGUGGGGAACGGCUACAUCGAACUCCGUAUUUGUACGGAAAGCCGAGCUCAAUUCUUUCAAAGAUACAGAUGGGCCGCAAACGAUGAUCACAGCCCAAGAGGGGUUGCCCUUUAAACUGACCUGUAACCCUCCCGAUGGUCACCCCAGCCCAAACGUAUACUGGAUGUUGCAAGGUGAACAAGGUCAACUCAAAACCAUAAACAACUCCAGAAUGACUCUAGAUCCAGAGGGCAAUCUCUGGUUCUCUAACGUCACGCGAUACGAUGCUAGCGUCGAUUACGCGUAUACCUGCGCAGCUAAAUCUGUCUUCAGAAACGAGUACAAACUAGGUAAUAAAGUAUAUCUUCAAGUGCAGCAGACGGGAAUAUCUCCUACCCAGAACAAGCAUGAACCAGUCAGACAGUACACUACCAGGAGAGUAGAAAAGGCAUGGCGAGGCAAAAAAGUUGAACUCUACUGCAUUUAUGGCGGAACGCCAUUGCCCCAAGUGGUAUGGAAGAAAGAUGGUCGAACAAUACUAUCGUCACAGCGAAUAACUCAAGAUAACUACGGCAAGACAUUGGUGAUAAAACGUGCUGGAUAUGAAGACCAAGGAACUUUCACGUGUGAAAUUAGCAACGGAGUUGGUCAAGCGCAGUCUUACUCUAUACAGCUUAAUGUUGAAGCCGCGCCGUUCUUCAUCGAGGAACCGCAGUUCCAAAACCUGGCUGAAGGUGAGACAGCAAUCAUCCACUGUAAGGCAGGCGGUACCCCAGAGCCCUCAAUCACCUGGGUCCACAACGGAAAGCCUAUAGAGCAGGCGGAGACCAACCCCAGACGUCAAGUGGCAUCAAAUUCGAUUCUCAUCACGGACUUGGUGAAGAAAGACACAGGCAACUACGGUUGUAACGCCACUAACUCGAACGGCUACGUGUACAAGGAUGUUUACAUUAAUGUUCAAUCCAUACCACCGGAGAUCAAAGAAGGCCCAGAAAACUUGACCAAAGUAGAUGGUUCCGAAGCGGUGCUGAAGUGCCGUGUGUUUGGAGCACCCAAACCCAUUGUCAGGUGGAUGAGAGAUGACGUCGAUGUUACUGGUGGAAAAUACAACAUAACAGCGGAAGGUGAUUUGGUAAUCGCUGACGUGUCGUACACAGAUGUUGGCACCUACCAAUGUUAUGCUAAGAACAAGUUUGGCGAAAAAUCAGCUUUUGGUUCCUUAUCUGUCAAGAAGCACACGGUAAUAACGGACAAACCUGAGCCGUAUGAAGUUGCAGCGGGUGCUUCAGCUACAUUCAGGUGUAAUGCCAAUGCGGACGAUUCCCUUAAAUUAGAAAUUAUAUGGCUCAAUGACGGACAGCCAAUUGACUUUGACAACCAGCCGCGGUUUAGAAUGACAAAUGACUACUCGCUGCUAAUAUCCGACACUACGGAGCUCGAUUCCGGCGAAUAUACAUGUAUUGCGAGAACAGCUAUAGAUGAAGCGAGGGCUCAGGCUACUUUAACUGUUCAAGACAAACCCAAUCCACCAUCAUUGGAAGGCAUCGAAUGUCACGAGAAAGUCGCAACCAUACGCUGGCAUUCAAUGGGUGACAAUCGGGCCCCUAUUCUCCGUUACUCGAUACAAUAUAACACCUCCUUUACACCCGAUACAUGGCUUUCGGCGUCCGAAUCUGUUCCCGGGUUAGAUACGUCCUGGACUGCGGAAUUGAGUCCUUGGGCUAACUAUACAUUCCGAGUCAUAGCUUCGAAUAAGAUUGGACCGUCUACGCCGUCGAAACACUCGGAUGCAUGUACCACACAGCCGGAUGUACCGUAUAAGAAUCCGGAUAAUGUUGAGGGUAAAGGACGCGAUCCUACUAAUAUGGUCAUAUCUUGGUCGAAAAUGCCUCAAAUCGAGCACAACGGUCCCGGUUUCUACUACCAAGUGUCAUGGCGACGUAACAUCAGUGGAACGCCUUGGAGCGAACAGCAAAUACGCGAUUGGACUCAGUCGGAGUAUAUUGUACUUAACACGCCAACAUUCCAGCCUUAUAAAAUUAAGGUGAUAGCUGUAAACUCAAAGGGAACAUCAAACGUGGCUCCGGUGGAAGUAAUCGGCUGGUCUGGGGAGGACACGCCCCUACAAGCUCCCGCUAACUUUUCUCUAGUGCAGGUCACUACUGGAACUACUGCAUUGUUAAGCUGGAACCCAGUAUCAGCUGAAACUCUCCGCGGACACUUCAAGGGGUACAAGAUUCAGACUUGGGUUGACGGCGAAGAAGACAGGCUAAAGGAAGUGCUCGUGAAGUCCGAUGCGUCCAGUGCUCUUGUAUCCGUGUUCAAACCGUUCAAGAAAAACAACGCACGAAUUCUCGUCUACAAUGGACGUUUCAAUGGACCGCCUAGCGAAAUCCUCUCCUUCGUUACCCCAGAGGGGAAACCGGGAACGGUCAAGUCCUUCGAAGCCUACCCCAUCGGGUCCUCAGCCAUGCUCCUCAAGUGGGACAAACCCAUGGAUGAAAAUGGAAUUUUAACCGGCUACAAAAUUUACUACCAGAAAGUCACCGGCACAUCUCUAGGACCGCUUCAAGAGAGGAAGAAGGAAAUCGACCCCAAAUUGGAUCGUGCCAAACUGGCUGGUCUGGAACCCAACACGAAGUACCGUAUUGAAAUACGUGCUAAGACCAAGGCUGGGGAAGGAGACAAAUACUACGUGGAACAGACCACCAAAGCGAUGGUGAAUGCCGUUCCGGAUAUACCCUUGUUCGAAGCCAGUACCCUCCCAGCUAAAGAGGGGUCAGCUCAUAUACUGGUUCGCUGGUUACCUUCCUUAGACGGUCACGCCGGAAGCCACUUUAUAGCAUGGUACAGGCUCAAGGGUCAUCCUAACUGGUUGAGGAGUAAUGAAAUAACUGAAGACGAUUAUGUUGUGCUAACCGGUCUUGAGCCCGGACAAGUGUAUGAGGUGAAAGUGACAGCUCAUGAUGGAGAAUACUUUAGCACCAGUGAAGUGAUGGAUGUUGAUACGACAACCGGUAAGUUAUAUCCAGUAAUAAUGCGGGAAGAGGCGAUGGCAACGGCAGGAUGGUUCAUCGGAGUGAUGGUGGCGUUGGCUUUCUUAGUGCUCGUGCUGGUAGCGGUGUGCGUUGCGCGUCGUAACCGAGGCGGGAAGUACGACGUGCACGACCGCGAACUCGCUCACGGACGGGCGGAUUAUCCGGACGCCGCUUUCCAUGAAUAUAAUCAUCCAUUGGACAGCAAGUCCCGACACUCUAUGAGUAGUGGUCCUAAGCCCGGCGUCGAGAGCGACACCGACUCGAUGGCCGAGUAUGGCGAGGGAGAAACGGGUCGUUUCACGGAGGACGGUUCGUUCAUCGGUCAGUACGUGCCUGGCGCACGAGUUCUGCCUCCACCGCCCGCGCCUCAAACAGCUCCAGCACAACAACCGCCCACUUACGUCUAAUACUGUUAAUUUCACAAAUCACUGUUAUUUUUCAUAGUUCCUCAGUAUGGCCUGCUCUUCACACCAGAAUUUUUAACCGUUCAACGUAUAACCCGUGUUAGCUAAGAAGCGAAAUCACUGAUAUUUUCGUCUGGUUCAAAUCUGCUAUUUAUCAUAACAAAUCGCUGUUAUUUUUAACAGGUCUCCGUGCCUUUCAGUUCUGUAUAUGGCUGAAAGUUUUGAAUAAGAUUUAUGACUAUGUGCUAGUGAAAAUAUUAGUGAUUUUGUAACCAAUGGAAUUAAUAUUGUUCCUAAACUGUCACAAUUUGUUCAUGCCAUUUUUCGUUUAAGCGUUCAAGUAUUACGUAACGCAAUUUUUGGAGAUUUUCCACCCCUCUUCCCCCCAUGUAACGCGUCGUAACGUUUUUCUGUACCUAAUAUUAAAACGUUAUGUAACUACCCAGUGACCAAUACUACCUAAAAGUCAUAUGUGGUGUAAAGUACGGAAAAGUAGCUACAAUACUUUUGUUAUUGUUUUAAUUGCAUUAAAAACCAUGUACGUAACAUUGUUAUUAAUAAUAUAAACACUUCGUUCACUUUCCGUAUUGUAUGACGAGACCCAAAAUUCGUUACGUAAUACUUAAUAUUAUAUAUUUAAAAUUGUGUAGCUAAUUUUAUUUAAAUUGACAUUUUAGUUUAAAUUAAUUGACAUGGGCCUUAUAGUAAACCAAUAGGCUCUGUUAACCGCGGCUGCAAUAGUGAAAUUUAGAAACCGACAUAGAUUUGUUUUAUGAGACUGAUUUUAAGUAAAAAUAUAAAAAAAUUGUUUCCUCUUUUGAGUCCCUGGCAUUUCAUACGAUUUAAUAUGUAGGUUUAGAUCUGGCUCGAUAUCAAUUAAAUAGGAUGGUAAAGCGAGAAAUAAAGAAUCCGGUAGCGAAGCGAAGGGUAAACGUUUUAAAAUAUAUCAAUGAUUUUAAGUACUACAAUAUCAUCCACGUAUCGUAAAAUUAAAAUCGCCGUUGCUUCGCUACAGGUUGAAAAAGCUAUUUUUGUGACAUGAUUAAGAAUGUAAAUUUUUAGCUCUGGGUGCCGGCGGUCAGACUUGCUUCGAUACUUCAGAGUCAAUUUAUCGUAAAAUCAACGAAUUAUUUUUAUAUCAAAAUCAUAUCGGAUGGACCAUUACGCAGAUUAUUUUGUAUCGCGCUUUUAAAUUAUAUUCUAUACUCCAAUAUGCGUAGCAAAGAUAUAUCUAAAGAUUCAACUUAAUUGAAGAUAGCGCCAUCUAGCUGUGAAAUUAAACUGAAUAGGAAAUUGUGACUAUUCACAACGUGGUAUGGUGUGGAUUCUUUUUACACCAAAGGGAACUGUUGACGGAAUUUUUUUUAAACAAUAGCAGUAUAAAGUUAUGAUAUCAACCAAUUUGUUGAAAUUAUUAAUCAAAAAUCUAUUAAAAGAAGAUAUUAAGUUUGAUGGCGUAAAAUAGUGGAUUUCUAAUUUCUUUUGACACGCGCGAUUAUCUAUUUAAAUAAAUAAUAAAAUUUACCUUAUUUUUUUGCUGGUACCCUCAAAUACUAGUCUUAUUUGAGGUUCCAUUUGGUGUAAAAAAUACCACACUAAGUGUAAUUCCUCGAACUUUCUUUUUGUACUUCAAUUACUCUUAUGAUAAACAACAAUAUUUUUAUAAACACGAAAAACAACGUUCAAACAUCGAAAGAUCUAUUUAAAAUAUAUUUUUGUAUGAAAAUACAGAAUAUAAUAAAGCAAAGUUUGACCGCCGGACGAUGUUGGUGCUUUGCGGGAAGAUGGCGUUCUGUCGCUCUUGUGAUUGUACGUAGUGUAAGGCGUAUGCGCACACUGGCACGAGGCCAUGACACAGUAAUAUGAGGUAUGAAGAGGCACUACCGCAUUGCGGGUUUUAACCGCACUUAUGUUCUUAACAAACAAGUGUAUAAAGUUUCGGUCGUUUAAUAGAAACAUUCAUAUUUGAACAUCAGUAGUGCAGUUUCCUAGUUUGUAAUUACAUCUCUCAUCAUACUGAAUUGUUAGCGGAUAAUAAUCAUUACUAUUUUCAAGUAUAAACGUCAUAUUUUUGUGUCAUAGUUAAGACGCGGUCAAUUGUGUAGAGCUGGCUUGAUGGUCCGAAGCGUUCCCAAAGUGUACUUAGUUUGUGUGUAGGAACGCAUCGUAAAUGAUAUUAACAUGAAUCUCAACGGUUUAUUGGAUCUAUGCUCUCUAUAUUUUUACAGAUGCCAUCACAUUUGGCGGAAAUGAUCUAUUAGCUAUGUAAUUUAGGCUUUUUGUAUUAACUAUUUCGUAUCGACUUCGUGAAGUUUGCACCUCACAUAUUAACCAGUUGAUGUUUCAAUUUAUCCACGAGACAAUUGCGGUUUCAGAUAAAGAUUUAAUUCAUUCUUUGAUUAACUAGACUUAGGAUAAAGAAGUUUCAAUUCUCAUUAAAGCUUUUCGUCAUUGAAAUGAAAAACUAAUUUGCCUCUGCGUUAUCUCGUGGGACAAUUGUAUGUGCUAGUUGUAAGAAUUCGUGUUAACUAAUAUUAGGCAGCUAACGCAUUCGCUUCGCAUCCCUUAUUUAUUAUACUAUGCCUUUUCAUGUUAUAUCGAUAGAGAAAAAACCAAGGCGAACACUCAAACGUUACCUGUGCAUGUUGGUACUUAAUAUAAUGAGAUAAAACUAAGUUGGCUUGGCUUUUUGUCUAUCAAUGUAAGUAUUUAUUUGUCAACGCCUGAAAGGUGUCGGGUCCUAAUACAUUCCACGGUAUGACCAUGUUGAUUUUAUUUGAUUCGUCGGUCUGUUUAUAAAACUUUGACUGACGCUGCGCUGACGUUCAUAAAGAAAACAAAAUCUUGAAUUCUAAUUAGACAAGUUUGCUGUCACUGCUGUCAUUGUUGUCAUGUCACUGUCAUUCGUAGAAUAAAAAAAAACUUAAACUCAAGUAUAAGCAUUAUAUUUAGAUGUUUCGAUACCUUUCUUCAAUUUCGGGCAGCGAGGAACAUUGUGAUUAUUCGCUUUUAAGAUUAAAAAAUCUAGGAUUUCAUUAAUUAAAAAUGUCUUACCUAAGCAAUGCUUAUGAACUGUCAGCGGUAAUUUCAAAUUGUAUAUUGUUUGCGAACACCACGUUCUUUAGAGCUUUUGUAACCAUUCGUACCUUAUAUUCAUUAUAUUUGAUGGCACUGUUACUGUAGCCCCUUUGAGUUGUUUGUUAAGGAGUCUUUAUCACGUCUAUUGUCUAGUAAGAAUUUAAUAUAUAAUUACGGAUAUUUCAUUUGGAUAAUUCGUCAGUUUAAUAUUUAAUGUAGGACGCGUCUUUGCUUUUUAUAAUCACGUUGAUUCGAAUUUGUUAGCAUUCAAAAUGAUGUUGUUGACCACAAAAUUACGGUGAUACUCAUCACUGCCUUCCCCUAAGAUGUUUAUGUAUGUGUUCAUUUAUCUAUCUAGUACCCGUUAGUCGACACUUGCCUUAAGUAUAAAUAAGUAGUCCGCUGUUCACUUAGCGUCAAUCGAUCGGCGUAUCCUACAGAACAUGUUUCGGGAAAUAUUAGAUUCGCAGAAGUCUAUUCUAAGUUUUUUUCUUACUAAAAGUACAUGCGUGUACGUGAUUUAUGAACGUGCGUGACGCUAAGUGACAGGUGACGUAAGAUAUGCACAAUAAUGCAUUUAUGACGUCACAAGUGCAGUCGUAUACAGUAUAUUAACUGGCAAGUGUAUAUAUGUAGAUCUGAUGUUGCAAUGUAUCUAAUAGUUGAGAUUUUGAUGUCAUAGUUAAUUACUGUUAAGUAAUAUGUAAUAUGGUAGUGCGGUGAAAUAAGCGUUUCUUUUUAAAUGGAACCUAGUGAGAGAGCACCUAGAGUGCCUAAAAGUACUCGGAAAUUAAAAGGAAGCGAAUAUUUUUUUGUCGAAAUUAUACAGUUUGAAAUAGUUUGCAUUUAUAUGAUCGCUCUUGUGGUACGCGAGAUUCUGUUCACGAAUUAAAUAUAAUUUACAUUUUGUUUCGCAUUAAGUGACGGUAAUUUAUUGUAACUAUGAUGGAUAUUUUUUUAUGUUGCAUAGAAAAUAAAUUUUAAGAAAUUA